GGCGCUGAUGGUUGUUUUGACGUCAAAGGAUGCUUAACAUAUCGUCGGGUUGACACUUGCUGAUUUUCCAGGUCAAAGACCAUGCAAGAACGAAUAAGAUGACGUGUAACAAGACUCAUUGAUAAACCUUUGAUAAAUAUGGUCCGAGUCACAAACAGAUAUAAACUCUUGAUCCCAUGAUGUGUGAGAAGAAAUACUUCUGCCCACGACUACUUGAUUAUAUUGUUAUAACUGGUAGUCGCCACCCCAACCAUAACAACCAUGUUACCCAGACUCCAGAACUACUCCGUCGCUAUCCCCUAGAGGAUCACAAAGAUUUUCCCUUACCCACAGAUGUUAUCUUCUUCUGCCAGCCCGAAGGAUGCAUCAGCGUGGGACCAAAGCGAAUGAGCCUCCGUGAGACAACAUCUUUUGUCUUCACACUGACGGAAAAGGAUUCAGGCAUUGUUAGAUAUGGCAUCUGUGUUAACUUCUUUCGUCCAUUUGAAAAAAAGAGUUAUUCUUCAGACUGGCAGAAAAGUGACAGAUUAAAUCUUUCCAUAGGUAGCACCAACUCAACAGAUAUUGCUAGUUCCUUGGAAUUCGAGAAACCAAAGUCACCAAGGGCGAAACGGAAAUCACGGAGUGCAAGCCGUGUCCGCAAUAACACUCUGACAUCGUUAUGUAUUGUUAGCCAUCAUCCUUUCUUUUCUACAUUUAGAGAAUGUUUGUUUAUACUGAGGAGACUGAUUGAGGCAUGUCAUGACAGAAGUUGUACCAAGAGGAUUGGAGGAUCCAAGGCACUGACCAGGGACACAGUGUGGGGUGUGUUGACAGGGCUGUGUAGUGACAAUAUCUCGUCACUUGUGAUGCAUGAGGUGCGGGAGAUUGAGACUUGGAUUCUGCGACUCCUCAGUGCCCCUGUCCCUGUUCCUGGCAAGACUAGGGUAGAGGUGAGCAUCCUACCAAAGGACCUGCAGCCACCAAUACUGUUUGCCUUACCAGACCACACCCGCUUUACACUCAUAGACUUCCCCCUUCACCUGCCUCUGGAACUACUGGGAGUGGACACAUGUCUCAAGGUGCUGACCGCAAUCAUACUGGAACACAAGGUGGUGCUGCAAUCCCGGGACUACAAUGCCUUAUCAAUGAGUGUGAUGGCAUUUGUGUCCAUGCUGUAUCCCUUGGAGUACAUGUUCCCAGUCAUCCCACUACUACCUACAUGUAUGGCAUCAGCAGAACAGUUGCUGCUGGCCCCAACCCCCUACCUGAUUGGUGUUCCUGCCAGCUUCUUCCUCUACAAGAAGGACUUCAAGGUGCCUGAUGAUGUCUGGCUCAUAGACCUGGACUCCAACAAGAUUACCAUGCCCACAAAUGCAGAGGUGCUUCCUCCAAUGCCGGAUACUGAAGGCGGUAGCCUUAAGACGCAUCUCAAGCAGGCACUUGCGAGCAUGAGCAUGACUCCUCAGCCAAUCAAAAACCUUGAUGCUCUUGCUCAAAAUCCAGAGGCAUGGCAACGACGUGAAAGUUUCUCUUCACAGACUGGAUUCAACCCGCUCAUCUACGGCAAUGAUGUGGACUCAGUAGAUGUUGCUACCAGAGUAGCCAUGAUCCGAUUCUUCAACUCUGCCAACAUCAUGGGUAACUUCUGUGAACACACCCGUACUCUGCGCCUCUAUCCACGUCCUGUGGUGGCCUUCCAGCUGUACAGCUUCCUCAAGUCAAGGCCCAUCAAGACUCACUUCACAGCCAGGCUUGCUCGCACACAGGCUGUCGAAUAUUUUGCUGAGUGGUCUUUGAGUCCACAGAAUGUGGUUUAUCUACGUGUACAGACAGCGGUAUAUGACCCGUCACUGAUUGGAGACAAACCAAAGUGGUACGCACAUCAGCUACAGCCCAUAGACUUCAGAGUAUAUGAUGAGAAUUCUUCAUUGGGUGCUGCCAUCUCCUCAGCCAAUGAGAUUCACAGUGAUGAAAUUCCUACAGAUGAGAGUGGCAGUGACAGCGAAGGGGCAGAGAGCACCAGCUCAUCCUAUUCCUCACUUAGUGACUUUGUGACUGAUAUGGUCAACAGUGAGAUUGACGGAGAGUCUCCAGCAUUUUUACCUGAGAAUCAAGUGUUAGCUGUAGAUGAGUCAAAAGUAUUCUGUCCCCCAAACAAGUUGCACGUCCCUGAGACAACAACCGCAACCAGUGACUCAGCCCUGUCUCUCCCUGACAGUGAUCUCAGUUCGUCAGAAUCCUCUAGCCCUACCUACAGCCAUGGUUCACCUCCACGAGACAGGAACAGCAAGGAUAUGGAGGAUGAAAACACAGUAUUCCGGUAUGAUUCUGGUAAUGUAACUGCCACCAGUCAUUCACAAAGCAGUCGACCAGAUAGUGGAGGUUGGGCACAAACUGUCUCUGAUCCACUCAGAAAGUCCCCUUUACCCCAAGGUGUGAUACGGAGCAACAACUCUGCGUUUGAGACAUAUGAGAAACCACGCAUCAGUCCUAAUCUCCCAGGCGCAAAUAGGAGCCUGCUAAAUCGCCAGCAGAGAGGGGGUAGCACGUCAAGUGGUGGCUCAAGUGGAUCUACCAAGAAGGGUUUUAGGUCCCUGUCUGACCGUGACUCUGACCGGUCAUCUCCAGCCUCCUCCAUCAUUUCCACCAUCAGUAACGAGCUGACUGACAUGGCACAAUCAGCCACAAACACCAUGUCAGAGCUGUUUGGAAGCAAUAAGGCUGCCACACCAUCUCCACCACCUCAGCCCAGCAUAAACAAGCCAGCUGCCAAACCAUACACACCUCUUGGUACACGGAAAGCUCUUGUUGAGAAGUCUGGAUUGGUCAAACAUGCUACCAGUCAGAAGAAAAAAGAAACUGUGAAACCAGUAGCACAGGAAUCUCGGGGUUCUUCAAACAGUGAGAAUCAGCAGUUCUUAAAGGAGGUGGUCAAUUUUAUCCUGGAUGGGCAGGGAAUGGGAUGGCUCAAACUCAACCGUGUGAAGAAGCUGAUGGAAGAUGAGAACUACAGGAACUUUGUCAUCAGUCGACUCAACCGUAACCUGGACAAAAAGAUUACUGAUGAUGCAAAUCACCUUGAGGAUGUGUGUAUUACAAAGAAUGUGUUCAAAGGCAUGCUGGCAAUGACGAAGGCAAUUGUCCAUGGUCUGGAGCACACAUUUCAGAACCAUGGCCUUGGUGGAAUGGCAAGUGCUUUCAUGGUGAUGGAGAUCCUACACACGCACUACUGGGCCCGAGAGGUCACCAGCAGUAAUCGCAGUGACACCAGCCUCACACCAGAUGUGUCAUCCCUGCAUGGAAGUCAUGAGAGUCUUUCAUCCAAGGGAGAUGAUGCCCAGAGGACAGACAACCAAAGUCUCACAGAUACAGACCAUAUGCCUGCUACCACCAGCCUGAACCCGUCCCCUCGCCAACCCCCACUGUCCCCCAACCGACAGGACAGCACAGGCUGGUGGGCAGAGCGAGAGCGAGACCAGUCACAGCCAAUCAGUGCCGCCUGCAUUUCUGACCAGUCGUCCUCUAGUACCAGCACCAGCACUGAGUCAGGUUCUCCCGUGAUUGUAAAUGGCGAUGAGUUUGAGAACAUAGAGAUCCCUGUGAUGUCAGACAGCAGUGGCCACUCGGAAAACUCUGGAGUUGGAGGAAGUAAUGGAGGGAUUGCCAGACAAACAGGCCUCAGCCCACAGAUGACAGACAUGAACAGGAAUAUUGGCAAACCACAGGCCCAAACGUGUGAUAUCAUUGUGACAGACACAAGCUCUUCCAGAGAAGGGGAGGACAUGAUGCACGAACUUGUCAAGAACAAAGAGUUGAUUAAGACCAGCAGACUAGAUAAGUUUAACAGCAUGGACUCCGAAAUAUCAGAGGCUAGCACUCUGGUCAGCACCAGCUCAGACAACAAUGAUGAGAACCGAAAAAGGAGUCGAAUCAAUCAUCACUCUAUCAGGGGAACCUUGUCUGACAGUGAGAUGGAGGGCUCAACUGGGCAGUCUGCACGUCACAGCAAGAGGAACCGUUCUCCAAGUGUUUGGAGCUCCAAGAGCAAUCUCAGUACAGGAUUUCGCUACAGUGAAGGCAAGAUGAUCAACACAAGCUGUCCACAGAACCCGGAAUUCUACAAAACAUACCUGUUUGAAGGCUUGCUAGGCAAAAGUAGAAGUCGAUUGUUUGACCAGAUGCAGUUUUGGGAGGACUUGUUUCUAGAUGCUGUGGCACAGGAGAGAGACAUCAUUGGCAUGGACCAACGUCCCUCAGAGAUGAUAGAGCGGUAUCGGUCUCUUGGUGACAUGGAGCGGAAACGUCUGGAACAUGAUGAGGACCGUCUGUUGGCCCAUAUGUUGUACAACUUGGUGGGCUUCAUGGUGAUGAUGAAUGUUCACAAGACUGAGGUGAAGAAGAAGGUACGGCGUCUGCUGGGCAAGUCUCACAUUGGACUCAUGUACAGUCAGGAUGUCAACAACCUCCUGGAUCAGAUCAACAAUCUGCAUGGUAAUGAUAUUGACCUGCGUCCUCUUGGCAGUCGGCAGAUGCAGAAACAGUCUUUCACUGUUCACUGGGGUACUGACAACAGUGGUGACAUGCUAUUCAUGGAGGUAUGUGAUGACUGCCUGCUGUUGCGCAGUGUGACAGGCACAAUACAUGACAGAUGGUGGUUUGAGAAGCUUGUCAACAUGACGUACUGCCCCAAGACAAAGGUUCUCUGUCUGUGGCGCAAACAAGCAGACAAAGUACAGCUCAACCAAUUCUAUACCAAAAAGUGCCGAGAGCUGUACUUCUGCGUGAAGGAAUCGAUGGAGAAGGCUGCAACCCGCAACACUGGGAAGCUGCCAGGUCCUGAGCUAGGUGGGGAAUUUCCAGUGCAGGAUCUCCGGUCAGGUCAGGGAGGCCUCCUGCAAGUCUGCAUGGAGGGAAUAGGCCUGCUUCUUGCCAACAGCAAAUUCUUUAUUGAGCUAACUCGUAUCAGGAAAUGCUUCACACAGAAGGGAGGCAUUUUUGUGCUAGAAGAAUUUGAUCCCAAAACUAAACAAGUAAUCCAGCACAAAUUCAAAUCCAGCAUGGCUGACCAAAUGUGCUAUGCAGUCCUCUGUCUGUUUUCUUAUGUUGCGGCAGGUUUAGAACAGAGAAAACAAUCUUGACACAGUCACCAUUUGAUGAUUCUAGCCUUCUUCCUGACGAUACAUUCUUCCAUUUUGUCCCUCCCGCCGUCAGAACAGAUAGUCUGGGCAGUUGACAUGACCAUAGAGCUUAUCAUCUGUUCCACCAUACAAGUUCUCUUUCAUUCCACAGUAUAACUGAGAGCCUCUGUUUAUUACUCAGAAAUGUAUUCUAUUCAUUGGUGCUUAAAGCUAUUUUUUUCUGAUAUUCUGCAUUGAUUCUGCAACAGUUGCAUGUCCGAUUGUUUGGAAGUAUUGUCUUCCAAGCCAGAGUAAAUAGAAAUUUCCUUUGAAUAUUCCUUCAUGGUCAGAAUCAUUUAUUAUCAUGAAUCAAAUUCAUUUCAUCAUGGAAACAGUAUGCAUACUUCAUUUUGUUCAAAGUCCAGUGGAAACCCAGUAGCUUGAUGAUAUUAUCUUUUAGAUCUCUGAUCGUUGACAGCUUGAAAAUAAAAACUGCUCAGAUUGUUAAUGUAUAAAUAUAUUCUUGUGCCUCGUAAAGUGCUAAAAUAUUUAUUUUUUACUUACAUAUGAAUAUAUAUUAUAUAUAUAUAUAUAUAUAUAUACUUAUACAAAUAAUUUGUAAUCUGUCAAAUUGUCCUUCAUGUUAGAAUUUGUCGUCAAAUCUGGAGGUAUUUUGUUUGUGUUUAAGUUGUGACUGGUGAUCAGUUUGUUCUCUGUUCUGCUAUUGCCUGUAUAAUCACGGACUUGUAUAACCGGUUAUAUUGGUCCGUGGUAUAAUCAAAGAUUCACUCAGAAUUAACUAUCUUUAGAAUGGAACUAUUUCAUCUCAUAAAUUGUAACCUUUCAAAUAUAGAUUAUCUAGCAUGUCAAA